GGGCCGUAGAGCCAGCGCGGGACACGCCUCUUAAAGGGGCCGCAAUCCGGGGCCGCAGUCCCGGCGGAGGGAAGGCGGCAAGAGGGGGGCUGGAAAGUUUCCCUAGGGUGCAACGAUGAAGUAGGGCCGCGCUGGGCAGCUGCAGGCGAGGUGGGCGUCAGGAAUCGCUCGUUCCAGGAGCGCGCAUCGCCGCGUCGGGUCCUUACGCCCGUUCGGGCUCCCGGGUGGAGUCUGGGGGCGGAAGAGUUGAGACGAGCCCCCCGCCCCCCGCCCGCCCCCCGAAUUACCUGCUAGCCCCGCGGAUCCCCGCCCCGCCGGGAGCGGCAGCCCAGGCAGCCAAUCAGGUGCGAGCACGGCGCCGGGCGGGGCUCCCAUUGGCCACUCCGCCCGCGACCCGAGAGACCCUUUACUCAGCGGCUGCUGUCGGGGGCGUCCAGAGCCCUGCACCGGGCACGGAGCAGCGAGGGCCAGAGCGGCCAGGGUGCGCCGCGGGCACAGGCACGUCCUCGGCCCGACCCCGUCGGGGCCCCGUCCGUCCCCACCAUGGCCUUCUGGACGCACCUAAUGCUGCUGCUUUGGAAGAAUUUCCUGUAUCGCAGGAGACAGCCGGUCCAGCUCCUGGUGGAGUUGCUGUGGCCCCUCUUUCUCUUCUUCAUCCUGGUGGCCGUCCGCCACUCCCACCCCCCACUGGAGCACCACGAAUGCCACUUCGCCAACAAGCCGCUGCCCUCGGCCGGCACCGUCCCUUGGCUCCAGGGUCUCGUCUGCACCCUGAACAACACCUGCUUCCCGCAGCCCACGCCCGCCGAGCAGCCCGGCGUCCUCAGCAACUUCAGGGACUCCCUGGUCUCCCGGCUCCUGGCAGAUGCCCACACCGUCCUGGGGGGGCCCAGUGCCCGCAGAACGCUGACCAGCCUGGGAAAGCUGAUGCCAACACUGAGCGCCGCCGGCAGAGCAGCCCGGCCUCAACCCAGUGACCCAGCGCAAGACCGACCACCCCCUGAGCUGCUGGGGACACUGCUUGGGAAGGAAUCCCUGGGGUCUGUGCUGGGCCACGCCCAGGAGUCCGUGGCCGACUUCGUGGAGGCCGCAGAGGACCUGGCCCAGGAGCUCCUGGCACUGCCCAGCCUGGUGGAGCUGCGGGCGCUGCUGCGAAGACCCCAAGGACCUGGAGGUCCCCUGGAGGCUGUAUCGGAGGCCCUCUGCGGUGCCCGGGGGCCCGGCAUCCCAGGGGGGCCCUCCCUCGGCUGGCACGAGGCCGUCCACCUGAAGGAGCUGGUGGGGCAGGAGGCGCUACCCGACAGCGGCCUGAGCCCGGCCUGUGCCCAGCUCGUGGGGACCCUGGAGACCCACCCGCUGUCCCGCCUGCUCUGGAGGCGCCUGAAGCCGCUGGUGCUGGGGAAGCUGCUGUUCACGCCCGACACGGCGUUCACCAGGCAGCUCAUGGCCCAGGUGAACCGGACCUUCCAGGAGCUGGCUCUGCUGAAGGACAUCCCGGAGGUGUGGGCUGCCCUGGGACCCCAGCUCUUCCGCUUCUUGAACGACAGUUUGAACGUGGCCAUGCUGCAGAAGCUCCUGCAAGUUCAGGACAGAGGAAGGAGGCGGCCGGGGUCCCGAGGCCAGGACCGGGCCCAGGCCCUUCUCACCUUUCUGGACCCCCGUGGGGACGGCUACGGCUGGCGGGACGCCCAUGCUGACGUGGGGCACCUGGUGGGCCUGCUGGGCCACGUGAUGGAGUGUGUGACCCUGGACAAGCUGGAGGCUGCACCGUCGGAGGCAGCCCUGGUGGCGCGCAGCCUGGAGCUGCUCGCAGAGCGCCGCUUCUGGGCCGGGGUCGUCUUCCUGGGGCCCGAGGACCCUGGGGACCCCGCUGGGCCCAGUGGACCCGGCCACGUGCGCAUGAAGAUCCGCAUGGACAUUGACGCUGUCACGAGGACCAACAAGAUCAGGGACAGGUUCUGGGACCCUGGCCCGGCCGCUGACCCCCUCGCUGACCUGCGCUACGUGUGGGGAGGCUUCGUGUACCUGCAGGACCUGCUGGAGGGCGCGGCUGUGCGCGUGCUGGGCGGCUCCGAGCCCCGGGCCCGCCUGUACCUGCAGCAGAUGCCCUACCCCUGCUACGUGGAUGAUGCGUUCCUGCGCGUGCUGGGCCGCUCGCUGCCGCUGUUCCUGACGCUGGCCUGGAUCUACUCGGUGGCGCUGGCGGUGAAGGCCGUGGUGCGCGAGAAGGAGACCCGGCUGCGGGCCACCAUGCGGGCCAUGGGGCUGGGCGCGGCCGUGCUGUGGCUCGGCUGGUUCCUCAGCAGCCUCGGGCCCUUCCUCCUCAGCUCGGCGCUGCUCGUGCUGGUGCUCAAGCUCGGGGACAUCCUCCCCUACAGCCACCCGGCCGUGGUCUUCCUGUUCCUGGCGGCCUUCGCGGUGGCCACCGUGGUGCAGAGCUUCCUCCUGAGCGCCCUCUUCUCCCGCGCCAACCUGGCCGCCGCCUGCGGGGGCCUCGCCUACUUCGUGCUGUACCUGCCCUACGUGCUGUGCGUGGCCUGGCGGGACCAGCUGCCUGCGGGCGGCCUGGCGGCUGUGAGCCUUCUGUCGCCUGUGGCCUUUGGGUUCGGCUGCGAGAGCCUGGCGCUGCUGGAGGAGCAGGGGGAAGGCGCCCAGUGGCACAACAUGGGCACCGCGCCCGCCCCCGAGGUCUUCAGCCUGGCGUGGGUCUCGGGCGUCCUGCUGCUGGACGCUGUGCUCUACGGCCUGGCCACGUGGUACCUGGAGGGGGUCUGCCCAGGCCAGUACGGGAUCCCCAAACCGUGGACCUUCCCCUUUCGGAGGAGCUAUUGGCUCGGACCUUGCUCUCCCGUCGCCUCCCCCCCGCCUCCCACUCCGAGGGACCCAGAGGUGCUCACAGAGGAGGUGCCGCCGGGCCUGACCCCCGGGGUCUCCAUUCGGGGCCUGGAGAAGCGCUUUCCGGGCAACCCGCAGCCGGCCCUGUGCGGGCUCAGCCUGGACUUCUACGAGGGCCACGUCACCGCCCUGCUGGGUCACAACGGCGCCGGCAAGACCACCACGCUGUCCAUACUGAGCGGUCUCUUCCCGCCCACGGGGGGCUCCGCCUACAUCCUGGGCCACGACAUCCAGUCCAGCCUGGCAGCCGUCCGGCCCCACCUGGGCGUCUGCCCGCAGUACAACGUGCUGUUCGACCUGCUGACGGUGGACGAGCACAUCUGGUUCUACGGGCGGCUGAAGGGCCUGAGUGCCGCUGCCGUCCGCCGCGAGCAGGCCCGGCUCCUGCAGGACGUGGGGCUCGUCCCCAAGCGCCGUGCACAGACGCGCCACCUGUCUGGUGGGAUGCAGAGGAAGCUGUCAGUGGCCAUGGCCUUCGUGGGUGGCUCCCGGGUGGUCAUCCUGGAUGAGCCCACUGCCGGCGUGGAUCCUGCCUCUCGCCGCAGCAUUUGGGAGCUGCUGCUCAAAUACCGGGAAGGUCGCACGCUGAUCCUCUCCACCCACCACCUGGACGAGGCAGAGGUCCUGGGAGACCGCGUGGCCGUGGUGGCGGGAGGCCGCGUGUGCUGCUGCGGUUCCCCGCUCUUCCUGCGCCGUCACCUGGGCUCCGGCUACUACCUGACGCUGGCGAAGGCGCGCCCGUCCCCGGCCGCCGGCGGAGAGGUGAGGGCUGAGCCGACCCCCGAGCCCGAGCGCCAGGCCUGCAGCCGGGUGGCCGUGACAGCCGUGCCCUCCGCCCGCAGGGGAACGCUGACUCGGAGGCCGCCGCGGGGCCCGGGCGGGAGGCGGAGCGGGCCGGCCAGCGCAGCGCAGCUGGUGAGUGGGGGCAGCGCCCCGAGACGCCUCAUGGGACCCUGGGCCUCGGACCGCACGGAACCCGAAUCCCGGCCCUUUCACCCGGCCUGGCUGAGCGCACCCGCCGACCCACCGCUGCCCAGGGCCCGCCCCGGGCACCUCACCUCAGCCUCCUGCGCCGGAGCGGGCUCCUCGGGGCCACGUGCCGCCCAGCUGCUCUCGUUUGUGCAGCAGCUGGUGCCUGGGGCGCGGCUGGUGGAGGAGCUGCCCCACGAGCUGCUGCUGGUGCUGCCCUACGGGGGCGCCGUGGACGGCAGCUUUGCCAGGCUCUUCCGGGAGAUGGACCGGCGGCUGGGGGAGCUGGGGCUGGCCAGCUACGGGAUCUCCGACACCAGCCUCGAGGAGAUCUUCCUGAAGGUGAUGGAGGACCAUGCUGUGGACACAGACCUGGAGGGUCAUGGCCGCAGGCAGCAGCCCCCGAGCACAGGCCCAGACAGGACCACACGGCUCAAGACUGUACCGGAGCCGCCGGCCCAGGAGAACGGGGAGCUCGCUCUGUCUGCCCCAGAAACACAGGCCCUGCAGGGCUCCAGGCCGCUCGCCGCGGGCCGCCUCCGGGGCUGGCCGCUGACCCGCCAGCAGCUCCGCGCCCUGCUUCUCAAGCGCUUCCUGCUUGCGUGCCGCAGCCGCCGGGGCCUGUUUGCCCAGAUCGUGCUGCCCGCCCUCUUCGUGGGCCUGGCGCUGCUGUUCAGCCUCAUCGUGCCGCCCUUCGGACACUACCCAGCUCUGCAGCUCAGGCCCAGCAUGUACGGCGCCCAGGUGUCCUUCUUCAGUGAGGACGCCCCGGGGACCUCGGACCAAGCCCGCCUGCUGGCGAUGCUGCUGGAGGAGGCGGGACUCGGGGAGGGGGCGCACCGGCAGGACGGCUCUGCCAGGACGCCUGGGUGCACACAGCCCGCCGCCUGCCGGUUCUGGGCGCCGGAGGUGCCCGCGGCCGUGGCUGAGGUCUUGGCCAGCGGCAACUGGACGCCCGGGUCGCCGUCCCCCGCCUGCCGCUGCAGCCAGCCCGGAGCGCGGCGCCUGCUGCCCGACUGCCCCGCGGCGGCCGGUGGCCCCCCUCCGCCCCAGGCGCUGGCCGGCUCCGGAGAGGUGGUGCAGAACCUGACGGGCCGCAACCUGUCCGACUUCCUGGUGAAGACCUACCCGCGCCUGGUGCAGCGGGGCCUGAAGACCAAAAAGUGGGUGAAUGAGGUCAGGUAUGGGGGCUUCUCCUUGGGGGGCCGAGACCCAGGCCUGCCCUCAGGGCAGGAGGUCAGCCGCUCGGUGGAGGAGCUGCAGGCGCUGCUGAGCCCCCCGCCCGGCGGGGCCCUAGACCGCAUCCUGAACAACCUCACGGCCUGGGCUCGCAGCCUGGAUGCCGAGGACAGCCUCAAGAUCUGGUUCAACAACAAGGGCUGGCACGCCAUGGUGGCCUUUGUCAACAGAGCCAACAACGCGCUCCUACACACCCGCCUGCCCCCGGGCCCUCCCCACCAUGCCCACAGCAUCACCACGCUCAACCACCCACUGAAUCUCACCAAGGAGCAGCUGUCGGAGGUGGCGCUGAUGGCCUCCUCGGUGGACGUGCUGGUGUCCAUCUGUGUGGUCUUCGCCAUGUCUUUUGUCCCAGCCAGCUUCACCCUCGUGCUCAUCGAGGAGCGUGUCACCAGGGCGAAACACCUGCAGUUUAUGGGGGGCCUGCCUCUCACUCUCUACUGGCUCAGCAACUUUCUGUGGGACAUGUGUAACUACUUGGUGUCAGCGUGCAUCGUGGUGCUCAUCUUCCUGGCCUUCCAGCAGAAGGCGUACGUGGCCCCCGCCAACCUGCCCGCCCUCCUGCUGCUGCUGCUGCUCUAUGGCUGGUCCAUCACGCCGCUCAUGUACCCGGCCUCCUUCGUCUUCUCCGUGCCCAGCACGGCCUACGUGGUGCUCACCUGCAUCAACCUGUUUGUUGGCAUCAAUGGCAGCAUGGCCACCUUCGUGCUCGAGCUGUUCUCUGACAAGAAGCUGCAGGACGUGAGUCGGGUCCUGAAGCAGGUCUUCCUUGUCUUCCCCCACUUCUGCUUGGGUCGGGGGCUCAUCGACAUGGUGCGGAACCAGGCCAUGGCUGACGCCUUUGAGCGCUUAGGAGACGGGCAGUUCCAGUCACCCCUGCGCUGGGAGGUGGUCGGCAAGAACCUCGUGUGCAUGGCGGUGCAGGGUCCGCUCUUCCUCCUCUUCACGCUCCUGUUGCAGCACUGCAACCGCCUCCUGCCACAACCCCGGCUGAGGUCGCUGCCCCCCCUGGGGGAGGAGGAUGAGGACGUGGCCCGAGAGCGGGAACGGGUGGUGCACGGGGCCACCCAGGAGGACGUGCUGGUGCUGAGAGACCUGACCAAGGUGUACCACGGGCAGAGGACACCGGCUGUCGACCGCCUGUGCCUGGGGAUCCCUCCUGGUGAGUGUUUCGGGCUGCUGGGAGUGAACGGAGCGGGGAAGACGUCCACGUUUCGCAUGGUGACCGGGGACAUGCUGCCCAGCGGUGGCGAGGCUGUGCUGGCAGGUCACAGCGUGGCCCGGGAGCCGGCCGCCGCGCACCGCCACAUGGGCUACUGCCCGCAGUCCGACGCUGUCUUCGAGCUGCUGACGGGCCGGGAGCACCUGGAGCUGUUCGCGCGCCUGCGCGGCGUCCCCGAGGCUCAGGUCGCCCAGACGGCGAGCGGGGGCCUGGCACACCUGGGGCUCCGCCAGUGCGCGGACCGACCCGCGGGCACCUACAGUGGCGGCAACAAGAGGAAGCUGGCGACGGCGGUGGCGCUGGUGGGGGACCCGGCUGUGGUCUUCCUGGACGAGCCGACCACUGGCAUGGACCCCAGCUCGCGGCGCUUUCUCUGGAACAGGCUCCUGGCCGUGGUGCGGGAGGGCCGCUCAGUGGUGCUCACGUCGCACAGCAUGGAGGAGUGCGAGGCCCUGUGCACGCGCCUGGCCAUCCUGGUGGACGGGCGGUUCCGCUGUCUGGGCAGCGCGCAGCACCUGAAGAGCAGGUUCGGAGCGGGCCACACGCUGACCCUGCGGGUGCCCGCAGCGCGGGCCGACUCGGCCGUGGCCUUCGUGGGGGCGGCGUUCCCGGGGGCCGAGCUGCGCGGGGCGCACGGCAGCCGCCUGCGCUUCCAGCUGCCGCCGGGAGGGCGCUGCGCCCUGUCCCGCGUCUUCGGGGAGCUGGCGGCGCGCGGGGCGGAGCUGGGCGUGGACGACUUCUCCGUGAGCGGGACGGCGCUGGAGGAGGUGUUCCUCGACUUCUCCGCGGCGCAGGGGCAGCGCGAGGCCCGCACGCAGGACGCGGGGGCGGGCACGGACCCCUGCGCGGCCGAGUCUGCGCUCUGA